CUGUUCCUGUAAUUAGCUCGGUUAAAGCAUUAGGUCCCUUUAAGAGGAAGGAAAUCAAAGGGGGAAGUGAAGCAAGAGGACACUACUUCCUCGUAGCCCUAAAUCAAAACAACAUCCGUGCGCAAUGGGCGAUUCUGCAUCUUCGAAAGGGCAUCGUCUAAUAAUCUAACACCUGGCGCACAUUGUUUGUUGCACCAUGCUUCAGCUGAACGACACGAUGGAGCCGGACAGUCCGGGUGCUGCGAUUCUCCACCCUGCAGAGACCGAGGAGGGGGUCGAGGUUGCCUUCACGCCACCGGAGGCCGGGCGAAGCCUCGGACACGGAGCCUCCGUGGCCUGCCGUCCGCCGUUACAAACGCUGACGCCUUUUCAUGUGCAUAACCCCACAAUGCAAGCGAAAGUGAAGGACUAUUUCGUAUUCAGGCCAGGUACCAUUGAGCAGGCUGUGAGCGACAUCAGGACUGUGGCACUCCCUUCUGAGGAUGGAGAGGUGCUCAGCGUCUGGCUGCUAGCUGAAAUUGACCACUGGAACAAUGAGAGGGAGAGGCUUGUGCUUAUAACUGAUAGGUCACUGCUGGUGUGCAAGUACGACUUCAUCAACCUGUUGUGUCAGCAGGUCGUCAGGAUCUCUCUCAACGCUGUAGACACCAUCUCGGUGGGCGAGUUCGAGUUCCCACCCAAAUCCCUUAACAAGAGAGAAGGCUACGGGAUUCGUGUUCAGUGGGACAAACGUCCUCGGGCCUCGUUCUUCAACCGCUGGAACCCCUGGUCUACAGACAUGCCCUACGCCACCCUCACAGAGCACCCCAUGGCCCACGCUGAUGAGAAGGUGGCCUCUCUCUGCCAGAUGGACAACUUCAGGACCCAGCUGGUGCAGGCAGUGAAGAAAGCCUAUAAGGAGCACCCCAUUCCCGGUCGGGCUAACGGUGUCCUGAUACUGGAGAGACCCCUGCUCAUCGAGACCUAUCUGGGCAUCAUGUCCUUCAUCAACAAUGAGGCCAAGUUGGGCUACUCCAUAACACGUGGCAAGAUCGGCUUCUAAAAUCCACAGUUCCUUUCCAAUUACAACAGAGUUCAACCCAUGUGUCUGUGUUACACUGCGCUGUCUGAGGGAAGUAGUCGCUUGCGUAAUGCCCAACCUGUGUGUGUAAGUUGAGCCCAUGAGAUGUUGACACCUACUUAAGAUGGGGUUACAGACAAGGUGGUCAGCCUACCUAUGUAGGUAAAUGAAGCGCAGCACUGCAUGGACUGUCUUCAUUUUUUAUCUGUUUUUAGCACCCCCAGUCCCUUUCCUUCAAAGAGCCGCUCGCAGUGUAUGCCCGUGUGACAUAAGUUGGAGAGAAAGGACACAGCACUUGCAUCCAUUCAUCACCUCUGUACUUAUUCUAGAUUGAGCUUCUUGUAGUCUCAUGCGCCUUGUUUAACUACUGAUUGAGAGACUGUCAAAACUAAUGUAAACUUUAGAUUUUGGUAGAGGAACUUAAACAUUAGGGUUGUAAUUUUAAGGGUUAAGGCAAACAGGCCACCCAGAGGAGAGCAGUGAAACAUAAGCCAAAAAUAUGCUCUAGAUUUGCUACAUUAAUAUGGUUUGAAAUGAAGGAUUGCAUUAUUCAGAUCACAGGGCCAUAGGGUAGCUUCACAGAAUAUCAGCCGAUGGAUUUAGUUUAACAGUCAUGUCACAUGCUUAUUGUAAUAAAUGAUACUAAUCGGGGAACUGCUCCAGGAUCUGCACUACUAUACAGAAAAGCCCUGGGCUCAGUUAUGUUACUUGUGGAAAAUAACAGCUGGAAUACACUCUUUAGCAUCCAUGAAGCUUGUGGAGAUGAUGAAUUAGGCCUACAUGUUGUGACUUCCCUCUCUUAUUGGCCGAUGUUGUGCUCUUCAUGCUUACAUUCACCUAUAUGUGUCUUUGCUCAGAGUAGGGAGCUCAUGUACCACUUGGAGAGCUGCAUUAGCUACUAGAGCUAAAAUGUUCUUGUAUGUUACACGUUUAAUGCAACAUGAACUUGUAAACCAUGUAUUUAUGCUUGCUUGUAAGUUGCCUUAAAUGUCCUGCAUUUGUUUUAAGCACACAUUUGCACUCAGCUGCAUUAAACUGCAGUGGGAAUAAUGGCUGGGUUACAAAAUGAAAUCCAUGCAGACAAAGCUUGGAGUCAGUUCAUUAACCACAUACUGUAUGCAUCUUGUGAACAGGAUUUAGGUGUUUUUUUUUCCCUCCCUAAACUUCAUCCUACAAUACAUUGUUUUGCUACCAAAGGUAACAGGCCAUAUUUUCAUGCUCCACAAUGCCAAUGAAUAAUUGUGUCCCAAAAUGCCCUUUUCUGGUCUUGUGCAUGCUCCCUGCACGUUGAGGUUGCAUGACGGAUGUUUUUUAAGGAAUAUUCUAAAUGGAUUUGUAAAUACAAAUUAGGUAUUAUUUAUCUGCUGUUAUUUUUUGCAAUAAACUCAUGAAGGGUCCUAGAAAAAAAUUUAUUUCAUUGCCAGUUGUGAAGUAUUUCAUUUAAAUGACUUAAAAAUAGAUGAACUUGUUAUUACAAACAUGUGAAGGCUUACUUUUUGUUCAGUUAUAUUUGUAGCACAGUGGCCACAAUGGAGAAUAAUAAAUGCCUACACGUUCUU